GGGGGUCUUGGCCCAUAUCGCAACUGAAUAUGGACACAAGGCUGGCUACUAAGCACCGAGACCUGUCGAUCGAUCCAAUAUCGACUACACUAACAAUUAGACAAGAACUCCUCCCACAUCAUUUAUUACAGUUCUCUCUUUUCAGUUUUUUUUUUUUUUUUGGCCCAAUUAUUACACGUAUAGGUAAGUUAUGCAGCAACUUAAGCAGCUACAAAAGAAUCCUCCGCAAUUCAUGUUGCAAACGUUCAAAUUUUACAUCAUGUACUCACAGAUAUGUGAAGUUCUGCUAAGUGAACCAGUCAGUUGCUGCUUUGGAAAGGGUUAAUAAACAACUGUGAAGGUCAGCUGAAAAAAUGCACUUUUAUCGCUGAAUACUACAGAUGUAAUAAGGUAAUGUCUAUUAAUUCAGGUUAUUCCGUUGUUGCUUUUAGACGAUGAAAUCAAAAGAUGUAUGGAACUCGCCUGGAAACUCCAAUUUUCCUCGUCGUGAUUUCGUAAUAAGUCACGUUGACAAAACGAAGCAGCAGUUCUUCUGUGGAAUAACAGUAUCACACGGCAAUGACAGUGCCAGCACGGAAGUCGUGGCUCUGUUUGAACAGACAAGACGUAACGAUGCUAAUCAGCCGUCUAAGAUUUCUGAGAGACCAAAGAACCUUUGGAUGGACCUCUCAAUCAGCACGAUCGUCCAGACACCGACGAUUUUUGAUUUCCUGGCGUUACUUACUGGUUCAGGUCUUAAGAGACAAAUGCUAACAGGACUAUGAAUGCUGUUGUGAUUGGACACCACAAAACUGCUGACUUACCCCAAAAGGAAUACGUGCCUUAAAAAGUGUUGGCAAAAAGUGUUUUCAAUUUAAACUGAUAGAUACUCAUACUGGUGUAUCCGAACUACAUAAUAUGCCAAAAAAAGAUACUCGCGUAUGUGUUCCGUCAUGUGUGUAUACACUAGGAAGAAUAAGCAAUAAAACGAUGCAAAAAAAAA